AUGGCACCAAACGCCGGCGAGGAUGUGGAGCAACAGGAACACCCAGACGUUGCUGGUGGGGAUGCAGAAUGCUCCAGCCCACCUGCAUCCAGAGCUGACGCCAAGGUGCGUCUCCCUAAGUCACAGGCCACCGGCCAGGUCCCCGUGGACGCCAGGGCCGGGUCCGCCCGGGGCUCCCCCAGCAGCCCCACUGCUGCUCUCCGCCCAGGCGCUGCACCCCAGCAGCCCCACCCCUCGAUCCUGGAGUCCUGCUCAUACAACUGCCUCUGCCGGGAGCAGGUGGGCUCUUGGACGGGCCCUGGGAAGCACUCAGCAGGAGCCGGGCUUCAACAUCUGCUGCCUGAAACAAGCUCAGCAAGAAUCUGGAAACAACCUGAAUGUUCAACCCCGGAGGCCCGAGAAGGUGGCUGGCGGCGCCCCUCGGUGGGCUGCUCUGUGCUCGCACAGUCAGGAGGUUCGGGGGCAUCUCGGGUGAGGUCGGUGGAUCGGAAAGGGCGGGAUGCCGGGACGGGUGCCCCACGCCGCCCGUUUCCCAGCUAUGGCCUGGCGUGGGCAGGCCUCGCCGAGGGAGGAAACGCCGAGGCUGAGCCCCGUCCACCUCUCUCCGCUCUGUCCUUGUGUCUCCUCCGAGAGCCUCUGCCUCCGGUGCGGAGGGACAGACAGUUAGCUCUGAGGGGCCUCACACGCACCAGACCCCCUAGGCCGCCCCCCGGCACCUGGCCCUCCGUUCCCAGGAAGCCCUCCCUUGGGGAAGCCAGGCCCGAGGCUGCAGAAGCCCCGGUCAGGGGCAGGGCGGGGAGGCGGCCGCAGCGGGGCCUCCACCCACCGAGCGCGCCCGACCAGGAGGGCAGAGGCAGGCCCAGCCUCCACGAGCUCUGCGCAGCCUUCCUGGGCGGCCGGCAGACAGGCAGGCGCCGGCCCGUGGGUGUCUCUGGCCCAGCUGGCCGCCGGCCACCCUCCUCCCGCGGGCCCUGGUGCACGGCCGCCGCUGGAGUGAUGCUCCGACCUUUCCCCCACUUCCCGCUCUGGCCUCCGGAUGAUUCCAGGCCCCUGCAGUUGACAGGAGUCACGUGCGGCUGCCACAGGGCCUCCCAGGCCAUCCCCUCCUCCCCUCGCAUCGCUCGGGCCUGAAGGCCGCCCGAGGGAGCAGGGGAGGACCUCUGGCCCCGCAGGGGGCCGGGGCUCAGGCUGCAAGGCUGGGGCCACCCCCAGUGCCCAGGGCCGGCCCCGCCACCAUCAGGCUCCUUCCCGGCCCCGGCUGUCCUGCUCCCGCGGGCAUCAGCCCCGGGGGCGGCGCUCAGUGACCCACUUUCUCACGCUGCCCACACUGUGGGUGGUCCUCCGCCUGGGAGCCUCCCUGUGGCUCGAGCCUCUGUCAUCCGCUGUUAGUUCCCUGAACGCUCCCCCAGGCCGGCUCUCGGCCCCCUGCCCGGGGUCACAGCCCCACCGGGCUCCCUCAGCCCUCACACGCCAGACACGGUCCUCAGGACACAGGGAGACGGCUCUUCUCUUCCCGUCAGGCCCGUGACAACACGGGGACAAGGGGCUUUGUCACAGAGCCACCACGGGGCAGCAGGGCCCGGGUGUGAGCGCAGGUCUGCCCGAGCCACAGCUGGAGGCGCAGGUGGGGAAACAGAGGCACCGAGAGCGUGACCUUCACUCAAGGCGUCCACACACUUGGCCGUGAUGGACAGGGGCUUGUCCAAGGGGAGUCCGUGCCCAAGAGAUGAGAAGAGGAGGAGAAAUUGGUACAAACAGGUCUCAGAGCCAGAGGUGCCCGGGAGAGA